UGUAUCAGAUGAAGAGCGUUUGCUCUUUCUACCGGCGUCAAACCUGGAUCGUUCUCCGUGGCCUUGCGAAGGUCGACGACUGGGAUGCCUAUCUGAAGAGCGUCAAAGACAUCGAGGCAACUCUUCAGACCGAUUUGAAUCAGUUCAGCAGUCAGCAUACCAAGAGCCUCCUUGGGAAGCUUGUCGAGAAAGCGGAAGAUAGGAAAGCGCAACUUGGAGACAUUCAUCAAGCUCUUCAAAGCAGUAUUGCUGUGCAAAAGGAGACCCACAGAGCUGUCCGGGAUAGCAACACUCUGCGCAAGGAGAUUUACCAAGAUGAGAAGGAUACGCAAUGCCUCCAGGCCCUCUACCUGACUGAUCCGCGCAAGGACAAGAAGCGCAUCGAGGACACGAAAGGCGGCCUGUUACAAGACGUGUAUCACUGGGUCUUUGACAACUAUGAAUUCCAACAAUGGCGCAAUAGCCUGGACAGCAACCUGCUUUGGAUCAAGGGCGAUCCCGGCAAGGGCAAGACAAUGUUACUCUGCGGUAUUAUCGACGAACUGCAGGGAUCGACUCUGGGAACAGGCCCUCUAUUAUUCUUCUUCUGCCAGGCCAUCGACGAGCGGAUCAACAAUGCCUCCGCCAUCCUACGCGGCCUCAUCUACAUACUCCUCGACCAGCAGCCGUCCCUUAUCCCUCACGUGCGGAAAGAGUACGAGCAUGCAGGAAAAGCACUCUUCGAAGAUGCUAAUCGAUGGGUUGCUUUAUCCGAGAUCUUCAAAAACAUUCUGCAAGACCCAAGCCUGGAGGGCGCCUACCUGGUCAUCGAUGCGCUCGACGAAUGCAUAAGCGGUCGGCGAGAACUUCUCAAAUUUAUCGUUGAGAUGACAUCUACAGUUCCUCAUGUAAAGUGGAUCGUCUCCAGUCGCAACUGGCCAGACAUCGAGGAAAGUCUAGAAGCCGCUGAACAGAAGACAAGGCUCAGUCUCGAGCUAAACGAAGAGUCCGUCUCGUCUGCUGUCAGCAUAUAUAUUCAGCACAAGGUGGAUGAACUAGCGCAGCUAAAGGGAUACGACGACAAAACACAGCACGCUGUUCAAGUCCACUUGACCCGCAAUGCAAAAAACACAUUCCUCUGGGUGGCUUUGGUCUGUCAAGAACUCAGGAAGUACUCAAGGUCAAGGGUUCUCACCAAGUUGAACACGUUUCCACCUGAUCUUGGUUCUCUCUACCAUCGAAUGAUGGCUCAAGUUUGCCGCUCGGAUGAGGCAGAUCUCUGCAAACAAGUGCUGGCUGUCCUCUGCAGUACUUACCGGCCUAUUACGAUACAAGAGCUGACGUCAUUCAUCGACAUUUCCGAGAGCAUCUCUGACGAUUUAGAAUUCUUGACAGAGAUAAUAGGACUCUGCGGCUCUUUCCUGACACUUCGAGAAUCCAUCAUCUAUUUCGUGCAUCAAUCGGCAAAGGAAUUUCUGUUGAAAGACGCAGUGGACGAGAUUUUCCCUUCUGGUAUGGCAGUCUUACACUACGGCAUCUUCACUCAAUCGUUACAUGUCAUGUCCAUGGCCUUACGACACGACAUAUACGGCCUGGCUACCCCUGGAUUUCCCAUCAAAAAUGUCAACCCGCCUGACCUGGACCUGUUAGCAGCCACACGCUAUGCUUGCGUCUACUGGGUUGAUCAUCUCUACGAUUGGCAAUCGAGCAAGAAUACCAAUCACCUAGAUGUGUUCCAGGAUGGCGGUGUCAUCGAUGACUUUCUGAGGCAGCACUAUCUCCACUGGCUCGAAGCUCUCGCACUUUGCAGGAGCAUGUCGCAGGGAGUAUUGUCAAUGGCCAAGCUCGAGAGCAUUCUUCAGCAAAAGAACGUUGCAUCACAAUUAACAAGGCUGGUUUAUGACAUGCGCCGAUUUGUUCAAUACUGCAGUCAGCUAGUUGAAAACUAUCCACUUCAGGUAUACGCUUCAGCAAUUGCGUUCAGCCCUGCCAGAAGCAUGACACGAAAUCUAUUCAAGAGGGAAUUGAGGUGGAUUACUGCCGGGCCGGUUGUAGAAGAAGAUUGGAAUGCAUGCACACAGACGCUCGAGGGGCAUAGCGGUUCGGUCACCGUCAAGAUCUGGGAUGCAGCGACGGGCACAUGCACGCAGACGCUCGAGGGCCAUAGCGGUUCGGUCAACUCCGUCGCGUUCUCGCCCGACUCAAAGCUCGUUGCGUCCGGGUCAAGCGACAAGACCGUCAAGAUCUGGGAUGCAGCGACGGGCACAUGCACACAGACGCUCGAGGGGCAUAGCGGUUCGGUCCGGUCCGUCGCGUUCUCGCCCGACUCGAAGCUCGUUGCGUCCGGGUCAGUUGACAAGACCGUCAAGAUCUGGGAUGCAGCGACGGGCACAUGCACGCAGACGCUCGCGGGGCAUAGCCGUUCGCAUGAUGUCACGUCCUUGAAGUUGUUUGCCUCCUGGUCAGGUGACGUGAAGCUCCCCUAUCAAUAUGGUAUAAGCUCGGACUGCAGAUGGAUUACAAGGGACUCGGAAAACUGGCUGUGGCUUCCUCCAGAAUAUCGGCCGAGAUGUUGGGCCGUAGCGGGAUCUACGAUUGCCACCGGCUGUGAUUCGGGACGUGUCCUAAUUAUGACGUUACCGGCAGACAGCUAGUGCCGAGCUCUCUCCUCUCAGUUUCUCUCUC